CUGUCUCCUCGCAGGACCCGUCAGCUUGCACCCAGAAUUCCCCGCGUUGAGACAAGAUGGAGGAACGCUGCAGCUGCAGGGGAACAAUGUUUGGGCUCUAAAGACCAUAAGGAACGACCGAAGGUGAAAAAUACACGCCGAUACAGAAAGAGGUGGUCAUGCACUGAAUGAGAGUGGUGGCCUCCUGUUGAAGUGAAUCCAGCAGCACCGUUCCCACCAGCCACCAACAGACCCACCCCACUCCACUCCAGCUGACAGCGCUACGGCCCGGCCACCAUGAGCCUCAUUCAGGACAAGCUGGGCGGCGAGUUCCUGCGGCCCAACGGCAGCAUGGACGGCGGCUUCGGCACGAGCAUGCUCAUGUUCAGCCACCUGCCGCCGGUCACCAGCUUCACACGGCUGGCUGCCCAGUCUGUCAUGGCCGACCUGCCCCCGCAGGAGAUGAUGAGCCUGAAAAAGGAGCGAGACUCGCCCGACUGCGGGGGCGGCAUGGGAGGCAUGGGGAUGGGCGGCCUGGGCAGCAUCAUGGGCGGAGUGGGCGACUACGUGCACGCCAUGGGCAUCAAGCAGGAGAAGCUUCCGGAGCAUGACUACCGGCUACCGCUCUACCCUGGAGGAGGUGGAGGGGGCGGCCUCAAUGGUUGCAUGGGCCAGAGGAGCGUCUCGGACCUGCUGGAGGUGUCGCUGGGGAACCACCAGAACCUGCUGGUGCACGACCUCAGCCUGAGCAAUCAGCUAUCAGGGAGGCUGGGGAAGGAGUCUUCAGGAAGGAAGGGUCGCAAGUCAAACGGCGAUGGAACGGAAGGGAAACCUCGUCGGAAACGUGGAGAGUCAAAGGCUCUAAUGCUGGACCCUGAUGGAGAGAGCCUGUCGCCCAACUCCAAGCCACACAUCUGUGAGCACUGCAACGCAGCCUUCCGCAGCUCCUACCACCUGCGCAGACACGUGCUCAUACACACAGGUGAGAGGCCUUUCAGAUGCAGUCAAUGCAACAUGAGCUUCAUCCAGAAGUACCUCCUGCAAAGGCAUGAGAAGAUCCACAGCGGAGAGAAGCCGUUUAGUUGUGACCAGUGCAACAUGCGAUUCAUUCAGAAGUACCACAUGGAGAGACACAAGCGAACUCACAGUGGAGAAAAGCCAUACAAGUGUGACACCUGCCAACAGUAUUUUUCCCGUACGGACCGGUUGCUGAAACACAAGCGCACGUGCGGAGAAGCCAUAAAGAAGGGCGUGGACGGGGCCCUGCUGGACGCGGGGCUGGCCGAUGACGGCCAGGGCAGCUACUCACUCACUCAGGGAAAUGGCCCCGUGCCUGGCCGCAAGAGGGCCAAGGCCAAGGGUGGCGAAGGCGGGGAGCGUAAGCGCAGGAAGCCGCAGCAGCAGGCAGGCGGAGUGGGGGGCCAAGGCAUGGGGGCUCAGGACGGGCCGUACGGUCUGCACGGUGGCAGCUACUCAUUGGACAAACACGGAGCAGCCGCCGGUCAUCCGGGGCCCAGCAUGCACCACCCCGAGCAUGGCCGGGCGCCCAAGAUGGCCUACAAGAAGGGCGGCCGCAGCAAAGGCCUGGAGAAGGUCAGCGGAGACGAGGCCAAGCACGGCGGGAUGGACGGCCUCGGACUCCUCCAGGUCCCCGGCACCAAGACCAGCUCCACCAGCAACAGCAGCAAUUACGACGACGCUAUGCAGUUCCUCAAGAAGAGGCGCUACCUGCCACCGGCCAACGGGGUUUCGGGGAGCAUAUCCGGGGUGGCGGCUGGGAGCGGGGUGGAUUACGACGUAGGGGUGGGUCACCUGGGGGUGCAGGGCGCUGGGGUGAUGGACGCCGACGGGCCCCUGGUUGCGCUCCUGGACCCCUCGCCUUUGGCUGUGGACCUCAAGCACGACAUCAAGUCGGCCAUCCCCGACGAGGUGCUUCAGAGCCUCCUGGAACACUACACCCACAAGUCCGACGUGACCUUCGACCUCGCUGAACCCCAUCACCACCACUCGCCGCACCACCACCACCACCACCACCACGUGGACAUGCAGCCUCCCUCGGUGGACGGCCUCGGCCCCGACGACGACGCGCCAAGCCCCGGCGGCGACAAGACGGUCAUGAUGCACGAGUACUCCCGCUUCCUGCUGCAGGCGCUGGAGAGGACCAGCGGCCACCGCGGCGGGGGAUUCCCAACCUCGACCCUCGGGCCCUCGCCCUCGUCCUCCUCAUCGUCCCCCUCCGUCACAGGGCCCUUCCCAGGGCCCUUAUACUCGUCCGACAAGCACGUGGUGUACGGUUCGUCGCCCCUGGAGUGCGGCGGCUUCGGGCAGCCGGCGGCAGUCUCGCCGGCCGCCUCUUCGCCCUCACUCUCCUCCACCUCGUCCGUGCCAAAGUCCCACUUCAGCCUGCUGUCGGGCUCGCCACCGCCGCCGCCCCAGCACACCUUUCACCUGGGCGGCCUGGAGCCUGUGCUGGCCCAGCAGCUCACGCCCUCGCAGGAGCUCACCGAGCAGCUGGACAAGCCGCACUCCUCCACGGCCUCCUCCUCCUCGCCCCCUGCGCCCCUCACCGCCCCACACACACCCUCCAGCGGCAACUCCGCGGUGGCCAAGAACGGUGCCGCCUAUCCGCUGACGCCCUCCCAGGAUCUGGCCACCCUGGACACGGCCAAGUCGGCCUCGCCCUACCAGAUCGAGAACUUUGCGCAGGCGUUCGGCUCGCAGUUCAAGGUGGGAGUAGGCGGCGGAGGGGGAGGCGGCCGUGGUGUGGCUCUGGCCUACGGCACUGACUCAGGCGGAGAGGUCGACCACCGCGACAGGACUCCCGUCUCCGAAUUCUCAGGGUAUACUAGUCUGUUAGCCGACGUCAGCGAGCCAGUGACCACUGGUUCCAAAACCCCAACAAGCCAAAGUUACAGUUGAGAGAGUGCUAGGGAGGCAUAGAAGAGUCACGUUUCAUUGAUCAUCUUUUUUUCCCUUGCUUUUGUUGUUGUUGUUGUUGUUGUCAGUGUUGUAGUUUUGUAGUUUAAUGUUUUUGUUGUCUUAUUAUAAUUAUUUUGUAUUUAGCUCUCCUAUUUUAUUAUUAUUUUGAUGUUUGUUUUUAAUUAUUACACUGCCAUUUAUGUUCCUAUGAAAUUUCAUGUCAGAUGACCUGCAAGGUGUCUCAACAAAUGCAAUUUUUUUUUUACGAAUUAUAUAUUUUAGUCAGUUAUAGCCCUAUUUGGUUUCUUUUCAUAGUGUCAUUCUAGGCCUACUCCAUUAAAAACUCGAAGUGCGUUUUUUAAAUGGCAAAAAACAAUAAAAUAUAGGACUUGGUUUCCCGACACACACACACACACAGAUGUUUUAGCAAUCAGUCUUAUACACAUAACAGUGAGCUUAAGAUGGCAGGGAUUGGCCAAGAGCUGAACAAGAAAAAAAAAAAGAUUUAAAAAAAAAGAUUCAGUGAUGGAUAAAAGUCAGAUAUUUGUCUGUUACAAAGGAUUCAAGUAUUACUCAGGAAAAAAAAUACUAAAAUGGCGUAGAAAGCAAAUUCUACCAGGACGCGUUGCAAGCACUCGUCAGAUGAGACGGAUGUUUAUUAUCGUCGAAUAACAGGCCUUGUCGAAAAAAAGAGCAAUGAUCUUUAUUUUUGUACUCCUCCUCUGAUACACGUUGACAGUUCGAGAAUGAGGAAGUGCCGACUGCUCCGAAACACUGAUCACUUUUUCCACGUUACUGUAUAGAGAUUAUGGUACGUUUUUUUUGUUGUUGAUGUCAUUCUUUUUCUUUUCAUCUAUGUGAAAUAACUCACAUUUCUUUCUCUCAAUAAGGGCCAUAUAUAUUUAUAAAAGUAUAUAUAUAUCUCUAUAUAUAUAUAUAUAUAUAUGUAUAAUGACAUGUAAUCCUUCUGAGGACAGUCAGGUGAGGGGGAGAGAGGGAGGAGAGAGGGCAGGAUGGAGAUGGGGAGCAGAGGCAUCCGCAGGGUCCCAAAACCCACCCAUUACCCUUCCUCUCCCUCUCAUCUUGAAAUGGUAGACCAAGAUGCCAAAUGAGGGCCGACUAGCGGGUUAUGUUCACAAGGGUGAGGGUGGUGUCCACUGUGAUGCAGGGUUGGAAGUUGGGAGGUAGACCCUCCGUCCUGCCGACUCUCCCCAUGUCCUCUCCCCACGCUCUCUCCCUCUGUCUUCCUCGCGCACACACCUCUUCUCCCUCGCCUCUCCUCGUUCUUGAGGAGGGCGCCCAUGAGCACUUUUUUUGAGCCGCAUAGUCAUGAACUAAACUUCCCAUGGCAGUCAACGGAGGGGAAACUUUUUUUUUUUUAAAACAAUAUGGCGUCAGUUGGGGUUAGGGAAGGGGUUGGAGAGGUCUGGUUUUGAAUGGGUACAGGGUGGAGUGGGGAGGGGAGGGUUGUGUUACUGGGAGAGGCUGCAACAGAGAUAUAUUGGGAGGGGAGCUCUCCCGCCAGCCUGUGUUUAUUCUAAUAAUUAUUAUUAUUGUUUUUUUUUUUGUGUG